GAGCGUGUUGGUAUUUGGUGCCUCUGGUGGAAAAGAUUCAACCGUCCUCGCUUAUGUAUUAUCAGAGUUAAAUCGUCGGCAUAAUUAUGGCCUCGAUCUCUUCUUAUUGUCAGUUGAUGAAGGGAUUACCGGUUAUAGGGAUGAUUCACUUGAAACGGUCAAAAGAAAUGAAAUUCAGUAUGGGUUACCUUUGAAGAUUGUUUCCUACAAGGAUUUGUAUGGAUGGACAAUGGAUGAGAUUGUAAAGAUGAUCGGUUUAAAGAAUAAUUGCACUUUUUGUGGUGUUUUCCGUCGUCAGGCCCUUGAUCGAGGUGCUGCAGUGUUGAAAGUAGACAAGCUUGCUACUGGACAUAAUGCAGAUGAUAUUGCUGAAACGGUUCUUUUGAAUAUACUGCGAGGUGAUAUUGCUAGAUUGAGCAGAUGCACUUCAAUAACAACUGGUGAAGAUGGACCAAUUCCAAGAUGCAAGCCUUUCAAGUACACCUAUGAGAAGGAGAUUGUUAUGUAUGCCUAUUUCAAGAGGCUGGACUACUUCUCAACUGAAUGUAUAUAUUCUCCCAAUGCAUAUCGUGGUUUUGCUCGUGAGUUCAUUAAAGAUUUGGAGAGAAUCAGACCCAGGGCCAUACUUGACAUCAUCAAAUCAGGGGAGAAUUUCAGAAUCUCCACUUCCACAAAAAUGCCAGAGCAGGGCACAUGUGAACGUUGUGGUUACAUUUCGAGCCAGAAAUGGUGUAAAGCCUGUGUUUUGCUUGAGGGACUGAACCGGGGUUUGCCCAAGCUAGGCAUUGGUCGAAGUCAAGGCAUUGAUAAUGAUGGCAGGAAGGAUGUGAAAGACAACCAUGGAACAAAGAAUAUUGAGAGCAAGCAAUGUGGAACUCUGGAUUUCUGAUACAAUCUGCUGUAUGAGUUAAAAGAGUACAAAAGCAGAGUGUAUUGAGAAUGAGAUGGGAAGAAUUGAGUGGUAAAGGGAACAUUAUGUAGGCAGGAAGCAAGAUUUUUUUUUUCCCGCAAUGUUUUUGUAUUCCAAUUUAUUUAGCAAUAUUUUGAAAUUUGUACCUUCUGAUUUUCUAUAAGCUUGCUUCAAUGUGAUACGAGUUAUGCAUCUGAACUCAA